GAAGAAAAGCUCCCAGCCUCCCACCCUCUUAUUUUUACAUUGAUUUAGCUAGUUAGUGCUAAUGUUAGCUUUUACAAGUGACCGACGUCCCUUGAAAAUGAUGCUUGUUAUAUGUAUUUAAAGAAUCGGACGGUCGUAUUUCGCGUCGUUUCAGUUCUUUGUGUCUAGAAUGUGCGUAAAAAUGUUAGAAAUAGUCUGCGUUUAAAAAUAUUUUAAACAAGCUCAAUGGUUGCACUGUCUGGCGUUUUGGCUUCCUUUGUCAGUUUGACUUCCGUUUACAUUUGCGACUACAUAGCAGCAAGAUAGCUACUAGUAGCUAGCUCAGUGACUAACGUGAGCUCGCUAACGUUAAAAAGAAACCCUUGGAACUGAAAUUGGCCGAAUAAAUAUUUUGCUAAGAAAUACCGUAUUUGCAGUUCAAUAAUAUAAACACAACCCACAUUUGUAGUGUUUAUCGGAAUGAAAUUUUCAGUCAGCUAGCUAGCACUAACGCUAUAGCGUGAACAAUAACAAACAGGACUGCAUAACAUUAGUCGUAUUGCAAGAUGACUAUUUUGGCUGAAUAAAUGAGAGAAAUCGCUGACUUCUGCCAACGCGGACUGUGCAACGUUGGCUAGCUAGCUAUAUUUAUUCCCUGUCGCGAGUAUAUGAGGCGUGUCGUUGAUUCAAAGAACCUUAGCCAGUUUUUCAAUCUCGUUUAAAGACCGCUUGCUAGUAAAUUAGUCUUAUACUUGUUAUAAUCGUAUUAUUGUGUUUUAUUCUAAACUGUACGAAUUUACAAACUUCCCAUUGAAGCUGGUUUGUUGCAAUAAUGUUUCGUUAUUUAAGUGAUGUGGACGAGAGCCCAUACGUGAUGGACCCCUUCGCAGCCCACAGGCAGCAGAUGCGCAGCCUGUUUGGGUCCUUUGGCUACGAGCCCUUUCCCCUGACCCCCCAGAUUCAGGCGCCCCGCAGCCCCCACCUCCAGGCCGGUGCCAUGGCCCCCUUUGGAAUGGCUGGAAUGGGCGGAGGCUUCAUGGACAUGUUCGGGAUGAUGGGCGGAAUGAUGGAGAAUAUGGAGAGGAUGUCCGGCUCCCCUAGCUGUCAGACCUACUCUUCCUCCACCGUCAUCUCCUACUCCUCCACAGACUCCGGCGCGCCCAAGGUGUACCAGCAGACCAGUGAGCUCCGGACUGCGCCUGGCGGGAUCCGGGAGACGCGCCAGGCCAUGCGCGACAGCGAGAGCGGGCUGGAGCGCCUGGCCAUCGGGCACCACAUCUGGGACCGGGGCCACGUGAUGGAGCGGUCCCGCAACCGCAAGACCGGCGACCGCGAGGAGAGGCAGGACUUCAUCAACCUGGAAGAGAGUGAGGCUGCAGCCUUUGACGAGGAGUGGAGGAGGGAGGCAGGCCGAUACCCACCUCCGAACGCCCGGGGGCUGGACUACGGUCGCGACAGAAGGGCAGGGGGCGCGGUUCAGCAGCUGGCCCUCGCUGCCCCGCCCGACUCCUCUUCCCCAGCUGUCCCCCACCACGAGUCCCCGAGACACCCCCCACCUCCCGCCCGCCUCCGCUACGACUGGUGACGGGGAACAGAAAAAUGGAUGAAAAAAGUGAAGAAGGGUCCAUUUGAUGCUGUGAAAGAGAAUGACGGAAAGAGAUGACCUAUGAGGAGGAAAUGGCUGACCUUUGAAGAUGUUUGAUGUAACUGGACUGUUUAUAUAUAAAUUAUACAUACAGUGCAAUGCAUAACACCACACCUAGUACACAUGGGAACACACACACUUACCGUAGACAUGCUAUGUAACAUUGGACACUGUAUAUACAGUUAAGGUGCACAUUUUCACACAACACAGUGCUGCAGUACACACACUGUAUACACAUACUGUACAGUCCAUAUGUUUGUGUAGAGACUAGUUUAUCUGUGGAUUGAAUUGUACACUGUUGACUAAUUACCUGCUUAAGAAAGACCAUGAAUAAACAUUGUUAGAUAAAA